AUGACUGAAUCAGAACUCAAUUCUUUCAUUUCAAAUGCUGACUGGAAUACUCAAGCGAGAUACAAGAUCAAAGUCCCAAAGGAUACUGACCUUGUUACUUGUAAAAGUCCAGUUACAAAGAGUAAUGUCCAUGUUUUACCUUUAUCUCUUGAAGAUAACAGCACAAUUGUUGGAACAGUGAGUAUUCUUGAUCAACUUGCAAUAGAUUUUUCAUUACCGAAUGAAAAGAAGGGUCCAGAAUACCUUCCAUUUGAUUCUGUGUCAGGUACAUUUGAUGUUCACUCAGCUAGAUCUCACUUUGAAUUGCUUAUUAGUCAGCACAACCAUCAAAGUAAUAUGGGUGAGUUGGAAAGGCAGUUGCGGAGCCGAGAAAGAGAAAUUGAUGGGGCUACUGAUGAAGAGUUGGAGACUGAAGAGGAGUGUCCAGGGGUAGCUGAACAAGAUUCAACAGAAAGUUCCGCGACAACUCUUGAGGGUGAGCGUCGGCGGUUUGAAACAGAGGACAAACCUUUCUGGGAGGUCUUUAACUGUAUAUCUUCUAAGCUGUCUGACACAAUUGCAUCAAACAGUGAGGAGAGCUACCUGGCCUUUGUUAACAGUCCUGAGCAUAAACUAAAAGUAAAUGUAAAGGACCACUUGAAACGAUCUCUCCUUCAUGUCGCUGUAGAACAGGGUCAUGAUAGUUUUGCUAAAUGUUUGGUUGACAUGGGUCUUGAAGUGAAUAGCAGAGAGGGAUGUGGCAUUACUCCCUUGAGUCUUGCAGUGUUACACAAGAAUACAGCCAUUUGUAAAUUCCUAGUGGAAUCAGGAGCAAGAUAUUCUGGUCCAUUGUUCACAAGUAUUCCCUCUCCAUUGUGCAUGGCUGAAAGGCUGCAGCAUGCUGAAAUUUUGCAGAUAUUUUCUGAGGAUCAGGAUGAGUCAGAAGAUGAAAAUGAAUUGAUCCGUCUGAUUGAUAGCACAUUUUCUAAAGGUGGCAGUAGUGGAGGGGACAGUGUUGACACUCAAACAGAGGUUAAUCGUUCUUGUCGUGGAUUUGUCAGGCCUGUUGUUGGGGAUGUAGGAACUUGCAAGACAAACAGUGCUGCUAUAUCCUGGUCAGGUUCCUACAAAUGGGUUGGUCUUUGUCCUGGUGACCUUCACAAUAAAGGCUACUUUUGUGAAGCAGCAUUCAAAGUCCAUGGGUCAUCAGGUCUUCAUUACAUCCUGCUAGAGGUUAUGAAAAGAAAGAAAUUGACCGCUGAAGUAUUUAAGAACAAGAAAUUUCAGGAGAAUAACCUCAUCCAAGUAAGGGAGGCAAUCCGUGAUGUCUGCAAGGCCUAUGGUAUUGCUGCAGCUUUAGAAUUUUCAGAGAGUGAGUCAUUUCGAGUUCAGCAGGAAUUGGGGGUGCUGCAGAUGUGA